AUGGUAGGCUCAGCAAAAUCAGUAGCUGAUGUUUACGUGAAGUCUGUGAAGCCUACUUAUGCUGGUUUGGAGAAGUUUUUGUAUAAGGCCUAUGGUCUGACUGACCAGCAACGUAAAGUUUUGGCUUUCAAGAAGUAUCGAUCGUUGAAGUUGAAGCCUCAAGCUACAGUGAGUGAUGUGAAGAUCUUUCUAGCUAACUGGGAGUUGUAUAGCUCGGAACUUGAGUCUCUCAAGAUUUCGUUUGAUGAAAUUCAGAAGAUAAUUGACUUUAUGAAUGCCCUUCCUAUUGAUGUCCGGCGAUUUAUCAGUCUUCAGCCGAAGGAAGUGGAGCUUAUGGCAUUGGAGGAAGUUGGUAUUUUGGUUAAACGGUUCUGUGAACAAACGUAUGGUUCUGAAAAUAAAGAACAAUCUCAGACCGGUUUGGUUUCUACAGCUUCAUCUUUUACAAGCCGUUCUGUAACCACUGAAAAUAACUCCAGUAGCUCGAAUGCCCAUUAUGCUACUAAAGGUGGACGAGCACCUAUAAGAUGUUAUCGUUGCCAAAAGGUGCCGGUUUUGCCUGUUGCAGUGGGUGAUAGUGAAUGUGUCGCUAAAGAUGAAUUGGUGAAUGAUCCUAUAGAGGAAGGCAAUAAUUCCUCUGUUGGUGAUACUGAGAUAAGGGUGUGCGUUGAUACUGGAGCUUCUCGAAGCCUCAUUACUGAGCGCACUCUCCAAAAUGUUGGGGCCUCUGGUGCUGUCAAGAUUGAGACGGUGGAGAAGUUUGCUAAGCCUGAGGUCCGAAAGCCUUGCAUAUCCGUCAUCCGAUUUUACAAGGAGUUGUUCCUCUCCAAUUGUUUGUGGAUGAUGGUAAUCAGUCUGCUCUUGUACGUUCGCCCCAAAGGUCAGAGCCAGGCCAACACUGAAUCAGGCUCAGGCUGUAUCUCGAGCACGCCGACUGGAAUGCCAUCUUCGAGAGCAGGGGCUAUAUUGGAAGCCUAUGAUGAGAAGCUCGACCUCUAUGAGAAGAAAGGGUAUGUCCGGAAAACCGAGCUUUCUGAACUUAAACAUCUUAUCCCUCAUCAAUGUGUCUUCAAGCCUGGUGCGACAUCAUCAAAAAUUCGUCCUGUAUGGGACGCUAAGGCCUCAGAACUAAAUCACUUCUUGAUGGCAGCCGAAGCCACAUCAUCAAAUAAGGAUUUAUUGAAGAAUACCUGGAUGGAUGAUGUGGGUUGCUUUGGUCGAACUUCUCAAGAGCGUGAUGAUAAGCUCUGUGAAGUACGGCGAUAUCUUCAAGAUGUUUAUCAAGAGUUCAACGAGUUAAAAUAUGCAUUUUUGAUAAAGCCGAAUACUAAAGUCAACUUUAAUAACUUCAACUUCUUAACUCUGCGAAGUGUCAAAUACGCUUCAUUAUACUUCGUCUGCUCAAUCGAUCGAGAUGACAAUGAGCUCAUCGCGCUUGAGACUAUCCACCUCUACGUGGAAACGCUCGACAGAUAUUUUGGAAACGUGUGUGAACUUGAUGUUAUUUUCAACUUCCAUAAAGCGCAAUAUAUUCUGGACGAACUUUUGAUCGCGGGAGAGUUGCAAGAAUCUUCAAAGCGCGCGGUUCUACGAGCGAUCUCUGCUGAGGAUGAACUGGAAACCGUGUCGACUCUACUGUGCGAGAGAGCAUUAUCCUUUGCCAAGUGCCAUCAGGGCGUCGUCGACGAAAUAAGUUGUCGAAGUUUCCACGCAACUGGACAUUGGGAGCCAUGGCGCAUGGACAUUGGCGCAUGGAUUUGGGAGCCAGGCCCCCAUAUCCAUGAUACGUAUCUUUGUCACGGCCAAGAAGAACGUCAAUGUCCAGUUGACAUUGUCAAAUCCAAGUCUGGCACGGCCGAGCUCCUCGUCGAGGAGCUCUCGAGAAAUCUCUAG